AUGCGCAAUGCUCUUGAUCAUGGUGGUCUACGACUUGAACAGACCGUUGUAGCUUCCUUUAUGAGUCCACAAGUCGACAAUACUGCGCCAUUAAUCGUAGUGAACCCAAGUGUCGAAUCGGACUAUGAUUAUAUCCUAGAUUGCCAGCCCACGGCGUAUUGCAGCAGUCUAGCGCUUGCGCUAUCUACGGGCAAACUGCAGCUACGCAGCCUCGAGACAUUGGCACUGCAGCACGAUUUUCAUGCACACAAUAGCACAAUAAACGAGAUAUGGACGUCACAAGUGUCACCUAAUCAGUUGGCUACAUGCUCCAGUGACGAGUGCGUCAAAUUGUGGGACACGCGCACGGCGCUACCGGCUUUGGUCGUACCAGUUGGUCAAGAAGUCUGGAGCCUAUCCAUUGGACGCGACGAAACGCUUCUGGCCGUAGGAACGGAUGAUCGUGCACUGUUCUACGACGUGCGCACGGGCACGAAGAUUGGAGAGUAUGGAGAGAGUCAUGUGGACGCCGUGACCAAAGUACGCUUCCAUCCGACGCAGCCGGCAUUCGUAGUCACGGCCUCGGAGGAUGGCAUCGUGUGCUGCUUUGAUUGUCGUAUGACGGAUGAAGAUGAAGCUCUUGAGAGCAUUUUGAACGUCGAGAGUGCCGUCACGACCUUGGGCUUCUUUGGUCAGCAAAAGGAGAAUAUUUACUGCCUCACAGGCACGGAGACGCUAGACCUGUGGAACAUUUGGACAGCUCAGAGACUGCAUCACUACAAUACGGUCCGCGGUGAUUGCAUUAGCAACGGUUUGACCACUGACUAUUUAAUCGACUGCGUGUACGACAACCGGUCGAACGAGCUUUUCCUACUUGCUGGCAACCACGACGGCGAUGUGAACGUCGUUAACAUUGGCACAAAUGCAUCCACGGCAGGAAAGCUGCACCACGCAGCGUCGCUCAAGGGAGGUCACAAGGCCUGCGUGCGCUGCAUAUACUAUAACCCCGAAACCACAACGCUGUACACAGGAGGAGAAGACACACGGCUCUGCAAAUGGACUGUAUGCAGCGCUGUCGAUGUAUCAGCCGAGGCAGGUGACGACUAUUCUUUGACAUUGUCGCCUGCUUCUAUAAGUAGAAGAGCGACGGGGGUCGAGCCCACUGGGAUUCGAAAAGCGCGCAAGUCCUUCCGUCCAUACUAG